AUGCCAGAGGGCGACAUUUGGGAGCAAGUAUGCGAGGCGUUCUACGGUCCCGAUAGAGAAGAGCUGUUAGACGGAUUGACAGAGGAGCAAGUUAUCGGGCGUAUCCGUCGCAUUCGCCGCCGAUACUACGGUGGUGAUAUUCACGGAGUUGUGGAAGUCCCUCCCUUCUCCAAAGUGAAAGACUCGGCCAUCCCAUUCUUCCGGUUCCAUUUGGUGACGGCCCACCCCGAUUCUAAGGGCCCAUCCUGCGUUGAAAGAGCUCCUACUCUACAACAGCCGCGUAACCUGUUCACACCGGUAUACUUCGUGCUCUGUACGUCCCAGACUGAGUCCAUGUACGACGAUAUCCUGCAUCUCAUCUACCGCGACACCGGCAAAAAGCUCAAUCCUACAAUUGUCCAUGCUCACGCCCGAUACUACAUCACAGAGUGGAAUGUGUUUGGUAUCGCCAAUACUAUCGUGGCGCGCACAAACAACCCCUUGGAGAGGUUUAACAGGGAGAUGAACGCCGCGUUCAAGCCCCACCCCAAGCUUCGACACUUUGUUUCUACAAUUGCCAAAAUUUCAACUGCUUACGCGCAGCGGCAAGCCAACAUCACGCGCGGUCUACGCAAGAAGAAACAGCGUCCACCACGCGUUGAGUUGCCGGCUGCCCCCGACUUAGCAACAUUGGAAGUUCCGCCUGAGUCGGAAGAUGAAGGUGACUAUGAUGAGCUUGGCGACCAGUCCGACGGCUCAGUCGAAUCAGCUCGUAGUGGCGAAGCUGAUCACUCUUCGGAGGAAGAUGAGCCACCCCGAAAUGCGCAGUCGGCCGAAGACUUGCAGCAGGAAAUUGAUGAGCACGCUAACACUUACAACUUCUUCCUUGACUCGGACAGUGACCACGAUCCAGAUGAAGAAAAUGGCGUGGAGGUGUGGUCAUUCUAG